UUCCGCAUUUCUGUCUUUGUCUCUUGCUUCGUUUUAAGUUUUUUCUAGUCUUCCUCAUCGUCUUCUUCAAUCAUCAUCUGAAGCUCUUGUAAAUUUCGUGGCUUUUUUGCUUUUCGAAGAAUCUUAUAGUCAUCAAUCAUGUCUAAGUAUAUGGGAUUAUGUUCUCUAGCUAUUUCUUAUUUUCUAUUCGUUUCGACGAUUGUCGCAGCCACCGAUGUUCACUACUGCGAUAGUAAUGAAGAAUAUGAAGUGAAGGUGAAAGGAGUUAAUAUAUCUCCUUAUCCUAUUGCUAGAGGCGAACCAGCCACUUUCAGCAUUUCUGCUAACACAGACACUAAGAUCUCGAGCGGAAAGUUGGUGAUCGAAGUUUCAUACUUUGGAUGGCAUAUUCAUUCUGAGACACAUGAUCUUUGUGAUGAGACUAGUUGUCCUGUGGCUAUUGGAGAUUUCUUGGUCGCUCACUCCCAAGUUCUGCCUGGAUAUACCCCUCCUGGUUCGUACUCACUUAAAAUGAAGAUGCUUGAUGCACGCAAGAAGGAGUUGACUUGCAUCAAAUUUGCAUUUGACAUUGGAUUUGGAUCAUCAUCUGUGGCCGACAUGUAGAGCUGAUUCACUCUAUGGAAUAUACUAUGGAAUCACUCCAUUUGUUUUGUAUAAAAAAAAAACACUCCUUUUUCUAUACAAGAAUUGUUGAUCAAAAACCCUUUUAUAUUCUCAUUAUUGUUCUCAUUCUGGACAUUUCUGAAAUCCCAUUUAUAGAAAAAAAAAGUAUUGAAUUA